AUGAAAUAGUAUAUAGAAGUAGGAUAUGCAUUAUCAAAUAGAGUGAAAUGUUAGAAAUGUAUGUAGAACAUAAUAAAGGAUGAUAUAAGAAUAGGAUAUGUAUAUACAAGAUCUCCUGAAUUUGGUUUUGAUAAGAAAAUAUGGUAACAUUUGAAUUGUUUAACAUCAAUAAAGGGAGAUAGAAAUUAAGAUUUAGAUAUAGUGAAUAUUCAUAUAUUGAAAGAAGGAGAUUAGAAAAAGGUGAAAUAGAAAAUAGAUUAGAUAAAGAAGUGUAAUUAUUAGAAAAGUAAAUUUAUUAAGAAAAUAAUAUAGAGGAUUAAAAGGAUGUGAAAUAUUUGUCAAAAUAGGAACAUUUUUAGAAUUAUGUUAAGAUUUAAUUGGAUUUACAUUAAAAUUAGAAAUUAAGAUAAUAAGGAUUGUUAUUUAAGAAGAUGGAUUAGAGUGAUGAAUAAUGA